AUGUCUAAAGAUUAUGAUGUUGUCGUUGAAGUGGAAGACGAUCCUGGUGUUGAAAGGCAUACUUUAGAAUUUCAAGAUUUUACCUCUGGCUCGGGUGUAGGUGGUAAAAUAACCGCCGAUAAGCAAGCCUCGUCAAAUCAUGGUGGAUUUAAUGAUCCAUUUUAUGACCCCAGUCAAUCUCGACCUGAUGCUCAAAGUGGACAAGCACCAAUUUGGUCUGUUGAAUAUUAUGCUCAGUUUUUUGAUGUAGAUACUUUUCAGGUUCUUGAACGUGCAUCGAAAAGUCUAUUUCCUAAAGAUAAUUUCAUAGAGGUAGUUGGCAACAACCCCGACUUAUAUGGUCCUUUCUGGAUCGCUACCACAGUGGUAUUUCUUCUCUUUGUUACUUCAACAAUAGCGGCCUCUAUUGAAGCUCUUAUAAACGGACAGAAAAUCACAUACGAUAUCCCAAUUCUGUCAUUUGGUGCUAUGACAAUAUACACCUAUACUUUUCUUUUGCCGCUAUUAAUUUGGGUAGGUUUGAAAUACCUUGGUUGUAAACCCUCGCUUUUGGAUAUUAUUGGAUUAUAUGGUUAUGGAUUAACUAUAUGGCUUCCUAUUUCGGUUAUAUGUAUUAUACCGUCAGACGUCCUAAGAUGGACAUUAGUUAUUGUUGGUUUUUCUGUUUCCGGAUUUUUUAUCACACGAAAUCUAUACCCAGUAAUUGCGCGUGCAGACUCGAAGACCGCACGAAUAAUCAUUAUCAUUAUUGUGGUUUUACAUGCAGCAUUGUCAUUUCUCUUGAAAAGAGAGUUUUUUUCGUUGAGUAUGAAUUAA